AGGGAGGAGACAAAGCCGCCCGCAUACAUCCAUGAUGAUGAUAUUCAGCAGCAGCAGCAGCAGAGGCAGAAGCAGACGGAGUCUGGGAAAGGAGCGCCGAGCACGGAGAACUUCCUCGAGGAUUAACCGCGGUUAAAAGUUUAUUUGUGUUUGUUUUAUGAGGUCAGAUUUCGUCAGGAGAAUGUCUCCUCUAGUUCUUCUGGUGGUUCUGCUCGGAGCGUGUUCUGCCUCGGCUCCAGCAAAGAAUGGAACAUUAGAUCCAAAAACCUUUAUCUAUCAUGAUCCUUUAGCCACCGAUGAACCGUUUGACCCGGAUUCAAUCAUUGGCCUGGAUUCAGGAGAAGAUGGAAUCAACAGAUCUAUAAAUGCCAGACCACGUAACGUCACACAUGUCCGUAAAGGACUGUCCGAGGAGGCGCUGCUGUUCCUAACCGGCCCCGUGUCCACCAUCCUCAUACCGUCCUUCUACACGCUCGUGUGCUGCAUCAGCGUGCCCAUUAACAUCUGCGCGGUGCUGGCCUUCACUCGGGGGAUCCGGCCCAAGAAGGCGGCGGCGAUCUACAUGCUGAACCUGGCCUUUGCCGACCUCCUCUUCGCCGUGCUGCUCCCGUUCAAGAUCUCCUACCACUUCGAAGGCAACGACUGGAGGUUCGGGGAGCUCAUGUGCAACGUGGUCACCGGCGCCUUCUACUGGAACAUGUACUGCUCCGUCCUCCUCAUAGCCUCCAUCAGCCUGGACCGGCUUCUCGCCGUGGUUUACCCCAUCGACUCCCUGGGCUGGAGGACGCCGAGGAACGCCGUCAUAGUCUGCGUGGCCAUGUGGGUCCUGUCUUUCGCCGGCUCCGUGCCCCUGGUCAUCUCCAACCAGACUUUCUAUCUCAAAGAGUUGAACAUCACCACCUGCCACGACGUUCAGAGCUCGCAAAACUUGGCCUGGCUCAAGGCGUACUUCGUCACCCUGUGCUGCGUCCUCUUCUUCCUGCCUCUGGUCAUCACAGUGGUCUCGUACUCCCGGGUCAUCUGGACUCUGAGCAGCGUCCCCAAGGGAGUCCCGAAAAGCUCGCGCCGCAGAACGAGGGCGAUGGUGAUGACUUUCACCGUGCUGGUGAUAUUCGUGCUGUGUUUCAUGCCCACGAACUGCGUCCUGCUAGCCCACUACCUGCAGUUUAACAAGGCCGCGGAGAAGAGCCAGGAGGACCCCGACGGCUCCUACGCACUCUACCUGGUGUUUCUGUGCGUGGGGAGCCUCAACUGCCUCCUGGACCCGCUCCUCUACUACUUCGGGUCGUCCCAGUGCCAGAGACAGCUGUCCAACAUGCUGACAUGCAGGAAGAUCACAGAGAGGGGCAGCAUCACCAGCUCGUCCUCCGACUCAUGCAGAUCCAGCUCCAGGACUAUUCUGAAAUCCUGCCGCACGGACGCCUCCAACCUAAACAGCUCGGUCGCAAAAAUGGACUCUUACCAGGAAAGCCUCAGCAGCCAGUACAAGAAGCUACUGGUCUGAUGAACCCGCAUGAAUCUGUGAUUUUUAAAAGCUAUGAAACUAUAUAAAAUAUGUCAUGGGGUUCAAGUAAAUGCAAACACAGAGCACUUGGCUAACAGCUGUAGAGAUAGAGGGUUGUAAAUGGAGGGUGAAGUGAACCCAUUAUGUGAACGGAAACACAUCUUGGUUUCACAGUGAUGAAUGUACAGUGACAGACGUGCCAUGAGUGACGUAAACCCAAACGAAAGGAAGGAAGGAUAUGGAUAAGAAUGUGCUUCCAUUGAAAUGCUUCUAUGUGUAGCAGAUAUUGCAUUUAAAUGAAGGAAACUGCUCACUUUUUCUGUAUUUUAUUUCAAAUGUACAUAUAUUUGCUGAUAUUUCUGUAUCACCUGUGUAAAGCUGUUUAUCGAGUUUUUUUUUAAUGUAUUACUUUUUAAAAAAACGUUUUUUUAUUGCUGCUUUUUGCCUUUGACUUUCACCGUAGUUAUUAUUAUUAUUUUUUUAAAGCUAAACAUGAAAAAAAAAAUGUAAAAAGUCCCCCCCCCGUGGUUUGUCCCAUGCUGCUCCCUGCUGGUGGGAAGUGUGCAUUACUCUAUUAAAGCUGUCUGUUCCACCACA